GAGGGAGAGAAGUCGUCGUCGUUUUUACGCUUUUGCUUCCUGUCCUGCGGAGCAUAGAAGAGAGAGUGCAAGAUCUUCGAUUGGCGAAAAGUUUGCUGGAAUUGGAAGGAAAAGAAGAAGAAGAAGAAGAAGAAGAAGAAGAAGAAGAAGAGAGAGAGAGAGAGAGAGAGAGAGAAAGAGAGAGAGAAGGAGGGAGAGAUGUUGCCGACGGUGUCGAAGGGGCGGUCAUCGUCCUCUACAUCUCGAACUAACCCCAUGUUCGUUCAGUACCUCCGACGGAUAAUCAAGUGGCAACAAAUGGAUAUUGAAUAUACUUUUUGGCAAAUGCUUCAUCUAUGUACCUCACCCAAAGUUGUCUAUCAGCACACUAAAUAUCACAAACAAACUAAGAAUCAAUGGGCACGUGAUGACCCUGCUUUUGUUGUAAUCUGCAGCCUUCUACUGGCAGUGGCAACUUUGGCAUAUUGUGUUGCGUACGAUCAUAGCACUGCUCAUGCUGUUUUUGUAGUUAUUUCAGUAUUGCUUUUCCAUUUUUUAGUAACUGGUAUGCUUCUGGCUACAUUUUGCUGGUUCCUGACAAAUGCUUACCUUCGGGAAGAGGCUCCUAACAGUCAUGUGGUAGAGCAACGGGUUGAAUGGCUGUAUGCAUUCGAUGUGCACUGCAACUCUUUCUUUCCAUUGUUUGUGAUGCUUUAUGUGAUCCAUUAUUUUCUGUCACCUCUUUUGGUAGCUCAUGGUUUCAUUCCUGUAUUGCUAUCAAAUUUGCUAUUUAUGGUGGCUGCUUCGUACUAUCAUUAUCUCAACUUCUUAGGUUAUGAUGGUAAGCUAAAGGCUUUGUUGGUAACAGAUAAAUUUCUUUUGAAUACAGGUCCAGAUGGUAGUAUUGCCCUUUCUGGAGAGGACCACCUUUUUCCUAUAUCCAAUCGGUGCUGUCAUUGUCCUUUCUCCCAUCUUUAUUUUGAGUGGAUUCAAUCCUUCUAGAUAUUUUAUGAACAUGUACUUCGGUCAUCGAGUAUACUUUACUAGGACCUGAACAAUUAAGACAACAUUAUAUGUUGAGGUGGGAGUGCUAAUACAGGGACCGCUUCAACAUUGACAAAAUACAGCCUUGGUGGAUAUGCUUGAUUGUUUCUAUCGUAGGGUAAAAGGGAAGGAUCACAUGGAAAAUGGCGUCUGUAGUAUUUGUCUAGGCCUUUUACCACUAUGAUUGAAGUUGGGACCAAGGAAGAUUGGGCAUCGAGUGUUUUUUUGGUGAUCGGAAUAUUAAAUGGAAGAGAUGCAUUCUGAAUGUAAUGAUUUUUGACCCUUCAUGUUAAAUCUGUGUUCUGUACUAAUACAUACGUUUAGAAAAUCCUAGUCUUUUGGCCCCUUUGAAGAAAGUUUGUCUUUUGGCUC